CGGCGCUCCGUCGGCUUUUCGUGACCUUGAGAAUACCAGCUAUGGUAUACUUAUAGGCGCCUUGCUCCAAGACCGUCAUUUUCAGGUUCUCUCAAAACACGACAACCACCAUGACAAGCUCAGGCAGGAUGUACUCUGGCAAUGAAGUCGCUCUGCACAACAGUCGCGAGAGCUGUUGGAUCAUUGUUCACGGUAAGGUUUACGAUGUUACGGACUUCCUAGACGACCACCCUGGCGGAAGUAGGAUAAUCUUGAAGUAUGCUGGAAAGGACGCAACUGCAGCGUAUGAUCCAAUUCAUCCGCCAGAUGCCAUUACGACCAACCUCAAACCUGAGAAACACUUGGGGAGUGUCGAUCUCACGACUGUGGAGAAGGUUGAGGUAAAGAUUACUGAUGAAGAACGCGCACGUCAAGAACGUAUCGCUGCCCGCCCACCCCUUUCGGAAAUCCUGAACCUUCAUGACUUUGAGGCUAUCGCGAAAUACACUAUGCCAGAGAAAGCAUGGGCAUAUUACUCCUCAGCGGCCGAUGACGAAAUUACGAACAGGGAGAAUCAUGCGGCAUUUCAUAGGAUAUGGUUCCGUCCGCGAAUUCUUAGAGAUGUAACUAAAGUUAAUUGGUCUACAAGAAUUCUGGGGCAGAAGUCAAGCAUGCCGUUAUUCAUCACUGCCACAGCUUUGGGCAAGCUCGGUCACCCUGACGGCGAGCUGAAUUUGACACGGGCAGCCGCGAAGCAUGGCAUUAUCCAGAUGAUCCCAACGCUUGCGUCGUGUUCCUUCGAUGAAAUCAUGAACGCUGCAGCGCCUGGCCAAGUCCAGUUCUUCCAGCUUUAUGUCAACAAGGAUCGCGAAAUCACGAAACGCAUAGUGCAACAUGCCGAGCAACGUGGUAUCAAGGGUUUAUUUAUUACCGUUGAUGCUCCACAACUCGGCCGGAGAGAGAAGGAUAUGAGGCAGAAGUUUGAAGCAGAAGAUCCCUCGGAGGUUAGCAAAGCGGGCCAAGGGGGCGUUGAUCGCUCCCAGGGAGCAGCACGAGCUAUUAGCUCUUUCAUCGAUCCUGGACUGAACUGGUCUGAUAUAGCAUGGUUCAAGAAUAUCACUAAGAUGCCCCUUAUCCUAAAAGGUGUCCAAUGCUGGGAGGAUGCACUCGAAGCAUACGACAUUGGACUUAGCGGUGUCGUCCUGUCAAACCACGGCGGACGUCAACUCGACUUCGCACGGUCGGGUCUCGAAGUGCUCGUUGAAGUUACCACCAAACUCAAAGAGAAACGUGGACUUUCGUUCCCCAAUGAGAGGUUCCAGUUGUUCAUUGAUGGUGGUGUCCGCCGUGCAACCGACGUGAUGAAAGCUGUUGCAUUGGGCGCUACAGCUGUCGGCAUCGGUCGCCCGUUCUUGUAUGCGUACUCAGCAUACGGCCCUGAAGGUAUGGACCAUGCCCUUCAGAUUUUGCAAGACGAGUUUGAAAUGAACAUGCGCUUGCUGGGGGCACGCAACAUCCAGGAAGUUGUGCCAGAGAUGGUUGAUGCCUCAAAUAUCCACCUUCACAUGGUUGCUGUGCCCACUGAUAAUCUUUAUGAGAAAAAUUACGAGCGACUCCAAGGUGCCCGUCCCAGAGAGAUCAAGAACAAGCUGUAGAUGUAUUUUCAGUGGACUAGACCUGGACCAUUAUACCGCUGUAGACUAUCAUUUACAGGAUUUAGAUGACCAUAUGCUAGCUUGAUUUCAAUCAUUUUAUAUAU